GAUUAUGUCAUUGGAAGAGAAACAAUAAUUUUUGGUUGAUGAAAUUAUUAAUAAAGGUUAUGAUAGUGAAGAUUUUACUAAGUACAUGGAUAGAAAGAAAGAAAAUGGAGGUUAAGAUUUAGAUAUUUGGAUGAUGGAUGAAUUAAUACAAGCAGUCACGGAUUAUCAAAAAACAAGGAAUUAGAUGAUGCAAAUUAUUGAUGAUGAUAAUGGAUUUAAAAGGAAGAUUGAUUGUUAAAAAAUGAUUGGAACUGAUAUUGGAAAUACAAAUAAUGUGUAAAUAUUAAUUGAAAAGUAUUUUAUUAUAUAUCAUUUUAGUUUUGAUAAAAAAGAUUCAGGAUUCUUUAGUCUUAGUAAAUCUUAUGUAAAUUAUAAAAUUGUUACAAAUCCAUUUUAAUGGGUAGUCACCAGAAGAUAUUCAGAUUUUGAAUGGCUUCGAGAAAUUUUAACAAGAUAAUAUCCUGGAGUAUUUGUACCUCCUAUUGCUAAUAAAACUCCAACUAGAUAAUUUAGUGAUGCUUAUCUAAUUAAAAGAAUGAAAUUCUUAGAAGUAAUUAUUUAAUUCCUAUUUCUUUAGAAAUUCUUAAAUCAUUUACUCAAUUCAAAUAUUCUCAAAAAUGACAAAUACUUUUGUGAAUUUCUUAAAAUGCAAGAUGAAAAAGAAUUUAAAUAACUUUAAAGUGCUUCAGAGAAACUUCAAAAAACUACAAAAUUAGAUAAAGUCAUAAGUGAAACUGGACAAAUUGAAGUUGGAUUUAAUCCUUAAACUGAUAAUUAUAUUAAGGCUGCAGGUAAUUUAAUGACAAGUUUAAAUUUAGACUUUGAAAUGUAAAUUAUAUUAUUAUUAUUAGAAUUAUGAAAUAAUCUAAAAAAAUGUUAUAAGAUUUUGAAAUGGUUUCAGCAACUAUGUUUUAAAUGGGAGAAUCUUUUGAACUUAUUACCAAUCACAUCAAUUAAUUUAAUAACUCUGUCUAAGAUUCUGAAAAAAUUUUGAAAUUUGAAGCAGUUACAAUUACAUUAAAUAAUAUGAUGAUGAUAUGGGGUAAGAACUUUUAAAAUUAUGAAAAUUAUAUUUAAGAAAAUUUUAGAAAUUUCUUUAAAUAUCAUGACAAAGAAAUUACCUAAUUAAAAGAACAUUUGUUGCUCAGAUAAUAAAGUUAAGUUGAAUAUCUAAAAUAUAAGGAACGUUUAGAUUUGAAAAAAGAAAAGUUCUAUUAAUUAAAAGAGUUCAACAAAUGGGAAGUUUCUAAAGAAAUAUUAGAAGAUCUAAAAUAAAAUAUUGAUAAUAAAAAAUAUUGUUUAAGUGUUAUACUGCCUAAAGAAACAUCUUAAUAGAAUGACUUAAGAGAUACAUAUGCAUAUUAUAAUCUAUCUACUUAUAAUGAAAUUAAGAGAGUUUUUGAAUAGAAUAUCAAUAUUUAUGCAAAACAUUUCAUUAAAUUUGCUGAUAGCUAAGCAAAUAACUUGACCAAAGUAAAACUAUAUUAUAUAUGUAGAUGCAUCUUACCUGGGCUGAGAUAUAAGGAAAUUUAUAAGGACUAGAUUUGAUAACAUAGCUAGAUUAGAAAGUUUAAAUUAUGCCUUAACCUAAAGUUAAAAUUUGA